AUGGACAAAAAGAGUCCAAUCAUACGUGCGGUGACUAGUGAGAUAGUCAACGUAUUCAAGGACGUUGCAAACCUAAACCCCCUAUUUCGCGAUCAAAUCUCGACCUUUUCAAUGAGUCAGUCGGCUGGAAAUGUGAUAGAAGAGCCUGCUAAACUAGCGGACUUCGCCGCCGCCGUUUCUGCUGGUGAAAUUAAAGAGUUACAGGACGUCCUAGAAACGAUGAAUGUCGAGGAGCGCCUGUCCAAAGCUUUGGUUGUUUUGAAAAAAGAAUUGAUGAACGCCCAACUUCAGUCUAAGAUCUCAAAGGAUGUCGAAGCCAAGAUACAAAAACGCCAACGGGAAUACUGGCUAAUGGAGCAAAUGAAAGGUAUUCGGCGGGAACUUGGUAUCGAGUCUGAUGGGAAGGACAAGCUUGUGGAGAAGUUCAAGGAGAAAGCCGAGAAGCUCGCCAUGCCUGAUGUUGUGCGGAAAGUGUUUGAUGAAGAGUUGAAUAAACUCGCACACCUGGAACCUGCUGCGUCAGAGUUUAAUGUCACCAGAAACUAUCUAGACUGGAUAACACAGAUACCAUGGGGGAAACGAAGCGAGGAGAAUUUCGGUAUUAAGAAUGCCAUGAAAGUCCUGGACGAAGACCAUUAUGGGCUAAAGGACGUCAAAGACCGGAUUCUCGAAUUCAUUGCUGUCGGAAAAUUGCGCGGAACAGUCGAAGGAAAAAUUCUUUGUUUUGUCGGGCCCCCUGGUGUUGGAAAGACGAGUAUUGGAAAGUCAAUAGCUCGAGCCCUGAACCGAGAAUACUAUCGAUUCAGUGUUGGUGGCUUGACUGAUGUGGCUGAGAUCAAGGGCCACCGUAGGACCUACGUUGGAGCUCUUCCCGGUCGGAUUAUCCAAGCUCUCAAAAAAUGUCAAACAGAAAACCCCCUGAUACUCAUUGAUGAAGUCGAUAAAAUCGGAAGAGGACACCAGGGAGAUCCGGCAUCAGCGCUGCUCGAACUGCUUGACCCGGAACAAAAUUCAUCUUUCCUCGAUCACUAUAUGGAUAUUCCCGUGGAUCUCUCUAAGGUUCUUUUCGUUUGUACUGCCAACAUGACAGACACCAUUCCACGUCCCUUGCUAGACCGAAUGGAGCUGAUUGAACUCUCCGGCUAUGUUGCCGAUGAGAAGAUGGCCAUUGCAGAGCGAUACCUUGCUCCGGCAGCCAAAGAGGUCAGCGGUUUAAAGGACGUGGAUGUGAUCCUUGAAAAGGAAGGCAUUGAGGAGCUAAUAAAAUCAUACUGCCGUGAAAGUGGUGUGCGCAAUCUCAAGAAGCAGAUUGAGAAAGUAUACAGGAAAGCGGCAUUGAAAAUUAUCCAACGUCUACCAGAAGAAGAACCUUCAGAGGAAAGUAAAGUUAGAGAAGAAGUGCGGGCAGAACAAGAAAAUGCUGCGAAGCGGGAAGCGGAUGCUGCAACGGAGUCUACUGAGCAACCCCGGGAGGCUCCAAAGCUAGAAGCUGUUCAAGUUCCACCAGAUGUCCACGUCUCCAUUGGGAAGGACAACCUGAAGGAUUACGUUGGACCACCUGUUUUCACUUCGGAUAGACUCUAUGAUACCACUCCUCCAGGUGUUGCAAUGGGACUGGCAUGGACAAGCAUGGGCGGUGCUGCAUUAUACGUGGAAUCGAUUUUACAAUCUGCGCUAACAUCAACAUCCCGACCCGGCUUUGAACAAACUGGUAACUUGAUGAGCGUCAUGAAGGAAUCUACGGUGAUUGCAUAUUCUUUCGCGAAAUCUCUUAUGGCGAAAGAGUUCCCAGAUAAUAGAUUUUUUGACAAGGCGAGGCUUCAUUUGCAUUGCCCGGAGGGCGCUGUUCAGAAAGAUGGUCCUUCUGCUGGUAUUACCAUGGCAACUGCUCUUCUUUCGCUUGCCCUUAACAAGCCCGUUGAUCCUACUAUUGCCAUGACCGGUGAACUUACUGUGACCGGGAAGGUCUUGCGAAUAGGCGGUCUCCGUGAGAAGACCGUGGCUGCUCGUCGGGCAGGAGCUAAAACUAUUAUAUUCCCAGCAGACAAUAUGUCUGAUUGGCUAGAACUCCCUCAGAACAUCAAGGAGGGAAUAGAAGGUCACGCUGCCAGCUGGUACUCAGAAGUAUUCGAUAUAGUGUUUGGCAGUGUUGACCGACACGCUAUUAACCAGCUUUGGGCCAAAGAGCUUAGCGAACCGGAGAAGGCCGACAAAACGACUCGGGAAGAUGAAGACUAA